AUGGCGCUCGAUGACACCUUUUGCGCGUUUGCAUCAGCUAGGACUCUAUUUGAUGUCACCAAAUACAUGCAAUUUUGUGCCUUCGAUAUCAUUGGCGAAAUCACGGUUGGUAAAAGCUUUGAUUAUUUGAAGAAAAGAACCGACUUCAACGGCAUCAUGAAAGCCCUCGACGAUAGCAGCCAGUAUGCAUGUCGAGUUGGGCUGUUUCACGGCCUGCAUUCCAAGCUUGCAGCAGUGGCGUCCACCUUCCAUGCACCCAUUCCAUUUGACGUGAUCUCAAAGUACCUCAAGUACCACAUUGAAGGCCGCCAGAAUGGCACGCUCGAGAGCUCUAGGGAGGAUUUCCUAACAAAAUUACUCCGCCUACGAGAGUUGGGGAAGCUCGAAGACGCGGAUGUGUUCACCACUCUCGGCGCAAACAUCGCGGCGGGAUCUGAAACGACUGGUCUGACCCUAAGUGCGAUCGUGUAUUACCUUUCCAGACACCCAGAACACGUUGCAGCACUGAGAAAGGAGGCCAGACACGCUUACGAAGCCGGCCGAGUCUCGAAUCCUAUCACUUACGCCGAGGCUAGGGAUCUGCCUUUCCUGAACGCUGUCAUUAUGGAAGCAUUACGUCUCCAUCCUGCAACAAAUCAGAUAAUGAGCCGGGUUGUACCUCCGGCAGGGACACAUAUCGCGGGCAAAUUUUUCCCCGGCGGCACUGAAGUUGGAGUCAACUCUUGGGUGCUUCAUUACGACGGGAGUUUAUUUGGCGAUGAUUGCAGCGAGUUUCGUCCAGAAAGAUGGCUGAGUGGGAGUGAAGAGCAGCUCCGACGUAUGAACAGGCAUUGGAUUCCAUUCGGCUCCGGCGCAAGAACAUGCAUCGGUAAAAACAUCAGCCUGUUGGAAAUCACCAAAAUCAUCCCGCAGAUUUAUCGAAAAUUCGAUUUCGAACUAGAGGAUCCUAAGGAAGAAUGGUCAUGUGCAGGCUACUGGUUUGUGAAGCCGUCCUUCAAUUGUCGCGUGGUUAUGCGGGAUGUCAAUGAUCGUUUUUGA